GGGAACAGGGCUGUCCCUGAGAGCAGUCGGGCCAAGAAUAGGAAGGCGGAUCGAGGGUGGAUGAAGGGGAACCAGUGACAGAAGCGCGACCAACAAACACGAAAGGAGGACGGACCCCAUGAGCAGGAGGAGGACGGACGAGUCGUGGAUCUCGGGCAUGGCAAGGCAUGGGUUCUCUGUAGCCCCGACCAUGAAGAGCUAGAAUCCACGAGUCCACGAUGAUGGUCAGUCAAUUCCUUGUGCGCUAGAGUGUGCUAGUGCGUGCAACGAGCGAGGGCCGACGAGGCAGGGCUGACUUUGUGCCUCUGUCUCUGUGUCUCUCUGCCUGCCACUGGAUGGCCUGCUUCCGCCAUGAUCUCCCGUUCUUCUCUGCUCUGCUCGCACGAGAGUUUCGUAGGGAGCUGGAGACGAUUCGAGGGAAUUUGAUUACUACUGUGACUUCUGUGAAACUGGAACCGAUGCGCUUCUUUUGCAAAGAAAGGCUAGCAUGCCAUUACAUGGAUGAUGCUUACGCGGAUUUGAUGAGGCGGCCCGAUCUUGGUCCUGGAUUGCGGUAAGUUGACGGCGUUCGACUUCCUCCAUGUGUCGGAUGUUAUAAUUCGAUAGAUCGGAUGUGAUCCGUCUACAGAGGAAUCAUGCGAAGACUGCUGGGUCGAGGAUUUAAGUUUACAAAAGGUCGCAGCUCCUCGUUCGAGAUGGUCAGAAAGGGUCAACAGGUGCAGUUCUAGUGGAGAUGAGGAUUAGAUGAGGAUGCAAUCGUUCGCUUACUACUCAAAAUUUCGUCACUUCCGAAAGACGGGCUCGAUUGCAGAGUGCUGCAAUUUGCCUUUCAGAAAUUUGGUCAGAAAUUUGCAGUUCCUAUUAGAACUUCGUCUUCUUGUGAUGUUGCAGAGCCAGAACGUUCAAUCGGUGGAUCAAUCGAGAGCUCUCCCUGGAGUGCAUUAAAAUCGGCGCGCACCAUCAGAACUGGAAAUCGAGUCUUCGUUCUAACGCUGCCGUUAUCAUUCCACUCUGGUCGUGAACCUUGAUGACUUACUUGUUGAAUAGAUUAGGACUGGUGUUUACGAGUAAUUGUAACGGAAGUCAACGAACUAAUCAGAAUAGAAUCUUGUCAGCUGCAUGACCACCAAUCAAGUCUUGAGAACAGGUUCCUGUCGAUCCUUAGUGUGGGAUGGAUCCCGUAGUCAGGCAUAACGCAAGUCUUCAAAUCAGACUAAACCAUGCACAUAGUUCUUGAUGGAGAACUCUAUGCACACUUGAAUUCCAAGGAAUUUCAUAACUUCAGAAUGACCCUAGAUGUCGAGCACAGAUACAAGAAGCUGCCUUUCGAGAUUUUGAUGCACAUACAUGGAUCCAAAUUAAAGCUCCAAUCUAGCAUAAAGAAAAACGUGUUGACAUCCAAAGUAUAAGUUCCCGUAGAGAUGUAAGCCCGGGAGUUGCUGUAGCAGCAUUUCCUUCUGCAUACUUUGUCCAUUGACAGCUUGUGGGAGCGGAAUCUGGAGAGAACAAAAAUUGAAAGACGAAUACUAAAUGAGCCAUGUCUUUUAAUCAAGGCGCAGAUGUAGUUGUCAAAGAGGCAUGUAAGCUCACAAACAAGGACAACUUUCUUGAAAAGCUCAUGUUGUUGAGCAAAGAUCACGUAAACUGUUAAGCAAAUGCAGUUUUGGUGAGAUUCAAGGGUUUUCUUGAACCAAGACUACCGUAACUUUUGUCUCUAGCUCUUAUGAAUUUUGAGGGUUUUCUUGAACUAAAGUCUAAAUAUUGUUCUCCCUUCAAGGAUUUUCUUAAACCGA